AUGCCUUCGGAACAAGGUCACCGCCUCUACGUUAAGGGUCGCCACCUUAGCUACCAGCGUGGAAAGCGCAACACCAACCCCAACACCAGCUUGGUCAAGAUUGAGGGUGUUGAUGAUUCCAAGGCUGCCACCUUCUACCUCGGCAAGAAGGUCGCUUUCGUUUACCGUGCUAAGCGUGAGGUCCGCGGUUCCCACAUUCGGGUGAUCUGGGGCAAGGUCACCCGGCCGCACGGAAACUCCGGCGUUGUUCGCGCCAAGUUCCGCAACAACCUCCCCCCAAGUCCUUCGUGGGCGGAUUACCUCUUCUUCGCGCAGACGGAUCUGCAGAUGGAACACCCAAUGGGAGGAAAACUGUUGGAUUCUGGGAUCAAUGAUUCUGACGACUUGGAGAGGAAGGGAAAGGCCUUCGGGGAUGGAGUGAGAGAUGUCGGGUGGUGUAUCCUGUUAAAUCGGUGA